AUGGAAUAUCCAUUUAUGAUCCAGAUGCUUGGUACAACAUGUCAUGAUACAAAGCAAGAACAAACAGCCACCAUGUCUAGCAAAAGGGCAAAGACGAAGACCACCAAGAAGCGCCCUCAGCGUGCCACUUCCAAUGUAUUUGCGAUGUUUGAUCAGUCGCAGAUUCAGGAAUUCAAGGAGGCUUUCAACAUGAUUGACCAGAACAGGGAUGGCUUCAUUGACAAAGAGGACUUGCACGAUAUGCUCGCCUCCCUUGGAAAGAAUCCAACGGAUGAGUACCUAGAUGCCAUGAUGAAUGAGGCUCCAGGCCCCAUAAACUUCACAAUGUUCCUUACAAUGUUUGGUGAGAAGUUAAAUGGCACCGAUCCAGAAGAUGUGAUCAGGAAUGCUUUUGCUUGCUUUGAUGAAGAGGCAACAGGGUUCAUCCAAGAAGACUACCUGCGGGAGCUGCUGACAACGAUGGGAGACAGGUUCACAGAUGAAGAGGUAGAUGAGCUGUACAGAGAGGCCCCCAUCGACAAAAAGGGGAAUUUCAAUUACAUUGAAUUCACGCGCAUCCUGAAACAUGGAGCAAAAGACAAGGAUGACUGAACAAAUCUCUGGAUACCUAAAGAUUACCUUACUCUUACAUUUAUUUUUGAGGGUUUCUUCCUGAUAGAACUUGUUGCAUGCAUCUAGCUUUUACAGCUUUUGCCUUUCUCAUGUAUUUAUCUACUCUGGGCCAUUUAGGCACAUUUGCACCUGUGUAAUCAGACUGGAAGCGGGGAGAACAUUGUGAGGACAAGGAUAUGGGACAAAGAUCCCUGGACUUUUGAUAGUCCAGGAAAAUAAUCUCAAUGUUUCUGGUUUAGCUGGAUUUUUACAUUUUUGUAAUAAAUGCCAUUUUGAAAUAAAGAUUGCUAUAUAGAUAAAA